AUGACUAUACGUGACAGUAUUGAGACCCAUUUUGUAGGUCCUAAGUUAGAGAUUCAGAAUUGGUCGAUUUCGGAUUGGGUACUGGUAUCGAAGAGAAUACUCAUAUUGGGCAGUUAUGCCGUAUUGCAUACGAUUGUUAAGAUUUUACAAAAACUUUUACAACUACUCGUGAAUAAUCCUAUCAUAGGUUUCAUACUGGUAAUCAAUGGCUCGCUGUGGAGACUGGUACCCAUCGUUGGCAGAUACGCUGGACGUAUUUUACCCAAAAUAAUUUCUUAUGUUAAAGAAACAUUGAUACCAUCAUUGGGUAAAUUUAUUCAAUUAAUACAGCUUUCAUUUCAACUCCACAUCGUCCAGAUGACUCUAAAAAAUAAGAAAAAUAUACAGAUCUUCAUUACCGCUGAAAGUGAUGAUUUGGAAUUAUUUGAUAGUGAAGAAAAUCUAAAAACUACUCUACUGCUGUCAAAUCAUAGAUCUAUCAACGAUUACCUGUUGAUUAACUAUUUGGUUCAGAGUUGUAGCCCGAACACAGCGGGUCAUUUUAGGAAAAGACAUCUGUUAAAACAGUUUUGGGAAAGAAACCAGCUACCAAUACCGCCUUUGAAUUUUAUUAGCUGGGGUAAAAUUUGCAACUUUCCUCACAUUUCGUUUGUGAAGAAUAUCCUUACACAGGAUGAAAACACAUUUGUCCCCCCAAGAAAGAUAAAAGAACAUCUGAAGGCAAAUGGUAAUCAAAUUCUAGCCAUUUUCCCGGAAGUUAAUAUUAUGACAACAGAAUUGGCCAUUGUACAAAGGAAACUAAAUCAAGAUUAUCCAUUUGUGACCCGUUUCUAUAACGUAUUGUAUCCAAGAUUCAGAAAUUUUAUUAGUCUAAUAAAAUGUUUUGCGAAUAUUAAUCAUGUUAAAAGACGCCAACACAAUACUCUAUUUGAUCAUGCCAAAUUUUUCUUCGAAAAUGGGAUGGAUAAAUUGAUUUAUAAAACGUCAGCACAUGGAAAGCAGCGUGAUGCUGGUCAGGAACAAGCCAACGCAGCCAUGAUUGUCGGUCUACCAAAUUCACUAGACCAUGUAGAAAUGACGCUAAGUGACGAAAGCCCCAAACAGGAGCCUGCAGAAGGAUUCAGCAACACUGACGAACAGAAGGAAAGCGUCAGCAUAAACCCCUACCUUUACGAUUUAACGAUAGUUUAUUACAGACCAAAAUAUACCAGUACAGGUCAUGAUCAUGUACACGGUCGAAUUAAAAUUCAUAAUGGCUACCAAUUGGAACAAGUGAAUCCCUCGCUGUUGGAAAUGCUUAAACCUGAAGGAAAAUCCCUUUCAAGUUCUGAUGCCAAUUUGAGCAUUUUACCGCCAAUUGUAGUUAUGGUUCACAUUAAGAAGCAUGAAUUAGAUCCAUUACUACCAACGAAAGGGAGAAAUUUAGAAAAGUGGCUUGAAGUUCAAUGGUACGAAAAGGAUAAGUUAAUCGAUUCCAUUGAAAAUGGAAUUAGAAUUAAAUAA